AUGCCACCCUCUACAUUGCUUUUCUUGAUUCUCGGUGCUGCCACUGCUGCCUACGGAUUUGGGCUUUUUGCCUUUCUACCCGACUUGCCAGCAAAUGCGAUCUUCUUCAACAAGACCGAGAAAGCGAUUGCCCGGCAACGAACGCUCAAGAACAGAACCGGUGUCAUAGAUACUGGAAAGUUCAAAUGGAGCCAAGUGCUGAUGGCCAUCAAAGACCCUCAGACCUGGUUUCUGGUGCUAUACAUCCUUUGCGUGAAUUUUUGCAAUGGCGGUAUCACUAGUUUCUCGUCCAUCAUCAUUACUGGGUUUGGAUACGGCAAGCCCAAGGCCCUUCUGGUCCAGAUGCCUAUUGGGGCUGCAAAGCUUGUCUUUCUUCUUUCAACCUCCGGUUUUGCGACAUAA